AUGACAAGUGCACAAUCAACAGAAAUGUCCAAUAAAACUUCUUAUACGUGGUCGGUUAAAGAGUUUCAGGACCUAUAUACUCGUAUGGGACCAAGUGACUUUAUGAUGAGUGAACGAUUUGCUUCUUCGCAAUCAGUAACAAUUAAUCCGGAAACUGGAGCAAAAGACCCGAUACACUGGUGGCGUCUUAUCUUAUAUCCACAUGGUUAUGUGAAUCAACCUGAUUAUUUGGCAGUAUUUCUUACAGCUUUUCGGUCAAAGCACGAAAAAAAAAAUCGUGCUAAAUCAAGAACAGUUCAACGAUUUUGGUUCGAAUUGUUUCGGGUUGAUGAUCCUGAUGUUAAAUCCAAGAAACUUACACAACUUGCUAUAAGGAAAUUUAAGAAAUCGGUUUUCGUUUUUGAAAGUUUGGACGAUGUUGAUACUUUAGGUACUAGAAAACUUGUACCUUUUGCCGAAAUUUUUGAAGAUGGAAAGAUUCAAAACAAUGUUACACUGGUUAUACGAGUGCAUAUCAUCAAUGAGGAGAACGAAAUAAGGACAAAUCCAUUUUUAUCUUCUUUUGAAAAAUAUUUUAUGGAUGAAAGAUACUGCGAUGUAGAGUUUGAAUUUGAUUGUGGUUCUAGUAUUAAGUCAAAUCGAUUUGCUCUUGCAAGUCGUUCAGAAUAUUUUGAUUCAUUAUUCAAUGGAGAAUGGAGCGUCGCUGGAACAACUCCAAUUCAUGUUAAAGGCAUGAAGUUCCAGGUUUUUAAAGCAAUUUUAUACUAUCUUUAUACGGAUAAACUAGGAAACGACUUAUCAUUAGACACAUUACAAAAUCUUUAUUUUGAUUCUGAGGCAAGAUAUUUAGAAGAUUUAAAAGAAAUGGCCGUAAUCAGAAUUGGUGAAAUGGUUAACGUUCAUACUUGGGAUCAGAUCUUAAGAUUUUCUUUGAAGAUCAAUGAAGAACAAUUAAAAAAGACUGUUAUGUCAUUCCUUCAUGACAAUUGGGAUGAA